CUCCUUUAGUGUGGGGACUGCGAGGACGCUGGCGAGUCGAUCCAGUACGCCCCUCAUCUUGGGAUACAUAUGGUCUUGCGGUUGCUCGAGCCACUGGCGCAAGAGGGUCCAUCUGGGCUAGGUGCAAAUGGAUUAGCUGAGGCGCUUUUCAAGGCGGCGGCGAAGCUUACAGCAUCAUCGAGACUUUCAACGACAAGUGACGCUGUGGGUGAAGUCGGAAGCUCGUCAUCAGAAGGCGCCAGAAACACCGUGACAUUGUCACAGUCAAGUUCGGACAGCCAUGACGUACAGUGCUCCUUCUGUUGCGAGCUGAUCGGCCAAGGCGCUCGCUACCUCUGUGCCAACUGUCCGCUCGACCUUGCCUCCCACGGCAGUACUGCUUCCUCUGGUACAACGACGCCCUCUGCCGCAUCCAAAGAAGGCAGGUCCAUAGCAGGCCAGGAAGCACACACUCGAGAUCUGCCGGCCAUUUGGACGCCUCACGAAGGGUUCAAUUUGUGCUCGGAAUGCGAAAAGCACAGUCUUAGCAUUCACAAUCCCGAUCACUUCUUCCUCCAUAUUCCAUCGCCUGAACAAGUGGCGCGAAGUGGCAAUGCGGGCAUAACACCUCUACGACUCAAUCCGUACCUGACCAUUGAUCAGCGUAAAGGAUUGCUGCCUCCACUCUAUUCGGAUGACGGUGGCUGGGAAGAGGCCAGACUACGGAUCCAAGCGGGUGCGCCGGCCAUGAGUGGGUCUGACACACUACCAGCUGAACCUUCCGCACCGAGUGCCUUCCCUCCCGUGGGCAAUGCUGCACAGUCUGCUUCUACCUUCAUCGCUGAUAAUGGUACUUUACCGGUUCCAACGCCAAGUCCAGCUUUUCGGCUCUCGCGCUGGAUGUGUCCAUUGCCGAUAGACGACAUCGAGCUGACAAGACUGAGCUUGCAGGAGAGGGGCGAAGCAGCAGGCAAUCUGACCACAACUGGAAGUGGGCAAAUCCCUGGGGCUUUUCCCGGCACGCCACAAGAAGAAGAGCAGCAGGCCUUUUCUCCGGCGUAUUUGCAGCACGAAGAGGAGUAUGUGCGAUCUCUGCUUCAUCCGAAUGUGCUGUGCGAUGUCUGCUUUGAGCAGAUCAAGGGUUGCUGGACUAGGUGCGCCAAUUGCGUGUCCAGCUUUGAUGUUGUGAGUACGCCAGAGGUCACGUCUGUAGGGAUCACUCCGCCAUCGGUAUAUUGAUCUGAACAUUUUGCCACCUUCACCCUUGCUGCUCAGUGCGUCGCAUGUUUUCCAAAGGCCAUGGAGAUCCAUCCGCCGACGCAUUCCUUUGCCAUCUUCAAGAGAAACGUCGACAUUGAGCUGUAUCGGUCUUUGGUGGACCACAUUGACGCGCAGG